UCAUUCACCAGGAGGCGCUUCGCAUCUUCUAUCAGCUGAUUUUUCCUUCCUAAACUCUCUGCCGCACGUGUCUACUUUCAUAAUAUAAUAUAUCGCGCGAAUCUCUUUAUGAUCAUGGACGUCAAGUUAUUCGUAUGUUACAAUUGCGUAUAAUUUUUCUUCUAAUAUUUUCUUUUCUUAUUGUAUUCUCUAAAGAAGUAUUCGUGGUAUGUAAAUAAUAUAAUUUCAAAACUUUAAAAAGUAACAAUUGAUACAUAUAACAGUAUACAAUAUGUCAACGUCAGUCUCAUUACCACAAAAGAAAUAUUAUAGACAACGUGCUCAUUCCAAUCCUAUUGCGGAUCAUUGCAUAGAAUAUCCUAUAAAACCAGAUUUAAUGAAUUGGAGCACAUUUUUUCCUCGAUACUUUUCUAACGAUGAAGACGAUGAAAGAAACAGGGAUAUUAUUCAAAGGCAUGUAGAAUUUGCUGAUAUUGGUUGCGGUUAUGGAGGCCUCCUUGUUACUUUAUCGCCAAUGUUCCCUAAUAAUUUAAUACUUGGUAUGGAAAUCAGAGUUAAAGUAUCAGAUUAUGUAACAGAUCGCAUAAGUGCAUUGCGAUCUCAAAAUCCAGGACAAUAUGAAAAUAUAGCUUGCUUAAGGACCAAUGCUAUGAAAUAUUUACCCAAUUACUUUCAUAAAGGACAGCUAAAGAAGAUGUUUUUUCUAUAUCCAGACCCACACUUUAAAAGAUCAAAACAUAAAUGGAGGAUAAUAAAUAAAACCCUUCUAGCUGAAUAUGCAUAUGUCCUUGCAGAAGAUGCUAUCAUAUAUACAGUAACUGAUGUAAAAGAUUUACAUGAAUGGAUGGUACAUCAUUUUGAAGAACAUCCAUUAUUUGAAAGUAUUCCUAAAGAAGAAUGGGCUAAAGAUCCUAUAGUUGAGAAACUUUAUGAAAGUACGGAAGAAGGCCAAAAAGUAACAAGAAAUAGAGGAGAUAAAUUUUUAGCUAUAUUUAAACGAAUUGCCGAUCCAAAUGUUAUAAAAACAAGCUAACGUACGAUACACUAUAUAUCUGCUAAAAUAAAUAUCAUUUUUUAUAUUGAGAUCUAAAUAAUUGAUAAAUAUUAAUCCAUAAAAGAAACUCUAAAUUGUUUGAGACGAUUUCUUAAGAUAUCAUGAAAGUCAUCCUCAAUUUUAUCAUUUGCUUGUAAUACGGGUAUUAGUUUUGUAUCGUUUAAGUGCCUGAUAUCUUUUUGCAUACAUAAAUGUUCAGUUUCCAAAUGAAAUUCUUCGUGUAUUAUAAAAAAUAGCAUCUAAAAAUAUUGCAAAAUAAAAUUAAUAUAUGAAAAA